UAAUUUCUCUGAAACGGUUGUUUUCAGAUGCUCUUGGAUGAUUCCUCUGCUAAAUAAAAGUGGUUUUAAUGAAAUUAAUUUAUCUAAUAAUAAAAUUCAAAGUUUAAUUUUGACCGCAUGGUGGCUCUUUAUAGAGCCAAAUUCGAAAGGAAGCCAUGUUAAAAUGUUUCGCGUUAUCACGUGUUCGUAAUUUUGUCAACAAAUGAUUUCGGUAAUCAAUCUUCUUAGUUCGUUCAUUUAAGAGGGAAAAACGUUUAGUGGUAAUGUUAAAAAGGACAAGAUAAAGCAAGAAGUUAUAUAUCAACGGUAGAAAUAUUAAUCUUAUUCAAGAUCUAAAUUUGAUGGAAUAUGGUUUUUUUUAAAUUUAAAUAUAUUAAAAAUUAUAACCCACUUUUAAAGUCAUAUUUAAAAGUUGUAAAUUCGAAGAAUUUUUCACAUAAAACUUAUUCGGAAAUAUUUCCAAUUUAUUCUAAAAAACUUUAUUUUUCUUAUUAUAAUGUUUUCUUUAAUUGUCAAUGUAAAAGGUAUUUAGAGACAAAUACUAAGGAUGAACAAAUGGGUGAUAAAUCGACUGAUGAACAAGAUAAUGUAAUUAGAAGAAAAAAUGUUGAUCCUCAGAACAUGCCAAUAUCUUUAUUAGGAACCGGAUUUAUUGAUAAGAAAAUUCGUUCAACUAUUCGGUCAAUGAGGAAAAACACUGAGAAAUUAGAUGAUAACAGUGAUGAUGAUGAUGAUGAUGAUUUACCAAUAGCUUUGAAAUUAAAAUUAAAAAAAGAAAAUUUAAAUCAAAACUUAACUCGUUUAAAUUCAGAAAUAAGUAAUUUGAAUGACAAUAUUAAAUCCUCAAUAAUUCAGUAUCCCUAUCAAAAAGUAAUAUUAGAAGAAGUAAAAUUAGAAAAUUUGAAAAAAACUGGCAAUGAUGUACAGAAUAAUGCAUUUGAUUACCUUGAAAAAGCCGUCGAUAAAGAUGAUAAAUUAAAAAAAGAAAUAUCUUCUUUAAGAGAAGACUUUUGGAAUAGUAAUUAUGGUACACCUAAUCCGUCACUUCCAGUCAGCGAUAUACCAUGUGGUGGUUGUGGUGCUUUACUUCAUUGUAAAGACUCUGCUUUGCCAGGAUAUAUGCCUAGUGAACGUUUUAAGUUGUUUUUGUCAAAACUUUGGAAAUUAAGAGGUGAAAUUUGUCAAAGGUGUAUUUAUUUGAAACAUUUUAAUGUAGCUUUGAAUGUUUCAGUUGAUCCAUCUCAGUAUCCUGAGAUAUUAUCAAAUAUUAAAGAUAAAAAUUCACUGGUAAUACUUAUGAUUGAUUUAAUGGAUUUUCCUUGUAGUAUAUGGUCAAAUAUUACAGAUAUAAUAGGAAUUAAGCCAAUUAUUGUUGUAGGAAAUAAAGUAGAUUUAUUACCAAUACAAAAUGGUAAGGAUUUAAAUUAUGUGAUUUAUACAAUUCAGCAAACUUUAAAAGAUACAGGUGUUGAUAGGGGGAAAAACAUAAAACAUAUUCAUUUGAUAAGUGCUAAAACUGGUUAUGGUAUUGAAGAACUUAUAAAUAAAUUGCACAAAUUAUGGAAAAAUAGAGGUGAUGUUUAUUUAGUUGGUUGUACAAAUGUUGGAAAAUCAACCUUGUUCAAUUCACUUCUUCAUUCUGAUUAUUGCAAAGUUAGAGCUGUUGACUUAGUACAAAGAGCUACAAUAUCUCCUUGGCCUGGUACAACAUUAAAUUUAUUGAAAUUCCCAAUCAUGAAAAUAAAUAGAGAGAGACUAUAUUUGCGAACUAAACGUCUUAUUGAACAAAAGAAAGAAAAAACAAUAGAGAAAAAAAUGAGAAAACAUUUAUUAAAAGAAACCAAAAAUCCUCUGUAUGCUACUCUAAUUGGUAAGUUUAACUUAUUUUCAGGUACAACAUUAAAUUUAUUGAAAUUCCCAAUCAUGAAAAUAAAUAGAGAGAGACUAUAUUUGCGAACUAAACGUCUUAUUGAACAAAAGAAAGAAAAAACAAUAGAGAAAAAAAUGAGAAAACAUUUAUUAAAAGAAACCAAAAAUCCUCUGUAUGCUACUCUAAUUGGAAAUGUUGGAAUGACAUUUAAAUCUGAUGAUAUUGUGAAGUUUAAUGAUACUAAGAUUGUUUUUGAUGAUCGAUCAAAAGAAUUUGCUCAAAGCCAUUUUUGUUUUGAUACACCUGGUGCUGUAUAUCAUGAUCAGAUUCUUGAUUUGUUGACAAUAGAAGAAUUGAUGUUAACCAUACCAAAGAAAAUUAUAGUACCACGUUCAUACUGGGUUCGUGUUUCACAAACAUUAUUUCUUGCAGGACUAGGCAGAGUAGAUUUAAUAGAAGCAGAGGAUCUUGGAGGAAUUUGUCUCACUGUGUUUGCAUCUGAUGAUCUGCCAAUUCAUAUGGUUUAUUUAGAACAAGCAGAAAAAUUUUAUAACAAGAAUGUAGGUACAGAAUUGUUAAGAGUACCAAAAGGAGGUUCAGACAGAUUAAAAGAUUUCCCAGAACUUGUUCCAAAAGAAUUUACAGUAACAGGUCAAGGAUGGAAAGAAAGUUCUACUGAUAUUUUACUUUCAUCAGCAGGAUGGAUAUCUGUAACUUUGAAAGAAGGAAGAACUUGUAAAUUAAAAGCAUAUACUCCUGGAAGUCGUGGUUGUUAUUUAAGAAAACCUUCGUUGCUUCCUUUUGCAGUAAAUAUGAAAGGAAAAAAAAUUAAAGCAACACCAGCUUAUGAAAUUAAAUUUAUUUAAUUUAUAAAAUUUAUUACUAUAUUUUUAAA